CCGAGUGAAACGGUUUAGUUCUAAAAUGGAAGCUGCAUUAAGUGUUAUUUUGUUUACUGGUUUAAUAAUCCUCACAAAUCCCAUUGAUGCAAAAUUCCUCGAGCGUAUAACCCCUUCUUUGACCCCUCCACCAAUUCCCUACCCUACGCACCCUAUGGACGAUCCAGAAUGGCAACCACCGCAAGGUCCUCCGGCCGAAGUAGAGAAACAAUACUGGAUUGAUAAUGGACAACAGUUGCUACAAGAGCAGCUGUCCAAAAACCAUCUGAACCUGGGCGUCGCAAGGAAUCUGAUCAUAUUCAUUGCCGAUGGUAUGUCCAUUACAACCCAAACGGCUACUCGAGUAUUCAUGGGCGGUGAACAAAUGCAACUGUCAUUCGAACAGUUUCCGUACGCUGGAUUAGCAAAGACCUAUUGUAUAAACUAUCAAGUCUCCGAUUCGGGUUGUACAGCAUCGGCAAUCCUGACCGGUGUUAAAAACAAUUAUGGAACGAUUGCGGUCAGUGGAAACGUACCGUUAAUGAACUGUGAACUAAGUUUGGUGGAGGGAAAUCGUCUUACAUCGAUCCUGAGGUACGCACAAGAAGAUGGUCGUUCAACGGGUAUCGUGACAAACACACGUUUAACACAUGCUACUCCUGCUGUGGCUUAUGCUGUUUCCGGGGCUCGUUACUGGGAGGACGACGGGGAAACUCCGUCAGGUUGUGUGGACAUCGCCAAGCAGCUGGUUCACGGUGAGAUUGGAACGAACCUGACAGUAGCAAUGGGAGGUGGCACACGUCAUUUUUAUCCUGCUGAAAUGAUCGAUGUCCAUGGGCAACCCGGCAGACGACAGGAUGGACGAAUUUUGCCGGACGAAUGGCUACAGGAAAUGUCACGACGAGGAGAGCGGGCUAUGUACGUGUACGACCGGCAUCAGCUUUUGAAUACCGAUGCACGCGACGUAGAUCGGCUGUUGGGAUUAUUCGCAGCGAAUCAUCUGAGCUAUCAGCUGGAGAAUGUCGAUCAACAGCCGACACUAGAGGAAAUGACUGCAAAGGCUUUGGACAUACUAACAAAAAAUGAGCGAGGGUACGUGUUGGUGGUGGAAGGUGGUCUAAUUGAUCCGGCCCAUCAUGCUAAUCAGGCGCGCAGGGCUCUAGACGAGACGGUCGAGUUCCACCGAGCGGUCCAGAAGGCUGCUCGCAGCACAGACACCAGAGAUACUCUCAUUGUGGUAACAGCAGAUCACUCGCACACUCUGACCAUGGGAGGCUAUCCGGUACGGGGCAAUGAUAUCCUAUGGACAGGUGACUUCUCCCGGCUGGAUCAAAUGCCGUUCUUCACGCUUACCUACGCCAAUGGGCCAAGUUUUUUCGAUCAUUUUCCACCCGAUCGCAGUGGCCGUGUGAAUCCUUUGCUAAUGAACUGGCAGAAUCCGGAAUUUGCAUAUCCCGGAGCGGUACCAUAUGAGGACGAAACACACGGCGGCGACGAUGUGGCCGUUUUUGCUAGAGGACCUUAUGCUCAUUUGUUUACUGGGUCAUACGAGCAGCACCUUAUUGGACAUGCUAUGCUUUAUGCUUCAUGUUUGGGAACAGAACAAAUGCAAAGGUCAGAAGCAUGCUGGAAUCGCUUACGGGGAUCUGCAGAAUUUACCGAUAAAUCGUUGCUUUUAAUAAGUGUCAAUUUGAUGGUUCUAUUUUGGAUUAAUAAAAACAAACAAUAAAAUAAAAUAAAUGAAUAAAUACAAACUGCAAUUUCA